AUGACUACUGAGCCUAGUGCAGUGGCUUCAACAGCACCAUCGGUUACUCACUUUAGUGGUAUUUCUAAGGAAGAUAAAGAUAAUAUGGAAGAUGAAGAUAGCAGUGAUGACGAGGUUGAUGACGGGGUUGAUGUCACAAUCGGUGUUGAUGUAGAUUUGCACUCAGAAGGCCUUGACAUUGAGGCUGCGGUUCAAGAUCUAGCCAUCAGCACUGAACAGGCUAACGUCAAAGCUAUUGUCCAGGGGAUAGAAUAUCUGGCCAUCGGGGAUGACAACGCUGGAGAAGAUUUUACAGCAGCGCUGGCUAAUGUGUCAUCUGGUGAAGAUUCAGACGACGACGCUGGUAGUGGCACUGUGCCCCCUCGAGCCAAAGAUUCUACUGAAGCCCCAUCAGCCCAACCUGAACAUGCCUUAGGGUCCAUCGGCCCUGCCACAGAGGCUUUGGUUAAAAUUAUCAGCUUACCCAAGAGACCUCUGCGUUCGAUUGCUUCAUCUGCCGAUGCCACGCCUCCCUAUUCUUCUGAAGUGAGCAUCCCUGGUGAUGAACUAGGACGACUCCAGAAGUUUGGCAUUGACGUCUCCAAAAUAUCUGCAAGAACAGUGAAUCGCAGGCUGUUCCCUCAUGGGUUACGGAAGGACAUAGUUGAGGAAUUUAGCCCGCGCUUUGACCCCAGUGCAUCUCCUGCUCUCAACAACCUUAACAACCAUGAUGUUCUCCAGAAAAUUCAGUGUGCCUAUCUGGAGGACUACGACCUAAUUGUUUGCCGACACCUCCAUAACGGUGAAUACUGUGGAUACGGUGUACCACUAGUUGAGCUCGCAAGCCACUGCUUCACCCUGCUCGGAAGCUUGUCUGUCAACAACACCACCCGUCACCCCCAUGCUGUGGCUCUUUUGAAACAUUCGGCCAGCAAUAAAAGUAAUGCACAAAUCGAUGCAAUCUACGCCGAUAUUAUACAAGUCUUUCCCAAUGUUGUCCUGACGAAUGCUGAACUUCGGGCGCUGCGACCGCUGGCUAAUCAACGUGGACCUAUAAAGCACAUCGGGAAGCCUGUACCAGGCCGCAAAUGCUCCCGAUGUGACUACGCAUGGCCGGAUCACAUCGCUAACAAGGGGUUUAGAGAGCAUUGGCACAACCACAAUGUCAAGUGUUCUCACCAUGGCAAGACCCAAGUCAAUGUGAGCCGUGACUCCCAAGCCGUUGAAGUCCAAGCCUUCGACCGGGGUUUGAAAAGAGCUCUUUAUUUUGCAGUCAGGGGUGGCGAUAGUAAAGUCGGUAGUAAUUCGCAGAAGACAGGCGACUUAUCUAUCCUAGCAACUGAACUGCGACGGUUGAUGCCUGCAGCUGCCGACCAAGGGGGACGGAAACUCACGAAGAAGGCCGUCGGCGCAUCAGAGCAUAUCGCACCAUAUGAGGCAGCUGCAUUAUGCCACCUGGUAUCCCUUCCUGGCAAAGGGGAAAGGCUACUGAAAUGGCUCCAGAAGGCUGUGGUUUCUCGCAUUGAGGGACUUUGUGAGGAUGUUCCCCAAGCCAAUUUAGUAAUCCGCAAGCUUCUAGUUAAGCCACGAAAUGGAGCAAAAUCUUUGGCCGAGCGCUUCAAUGCACCCACUUGCCGGCACUCCCGCGUCGCAUACGCUUCGGAAGAAGUGAGAUUGUUAUGCUUUGUUCUCAGGUGUAUAGCCCAGAAAACGUACACCCUGCUUCCUAUGGGCCCUGAGUCUACCGUAACAACCAAUGGCUCCUACCAUCUUUUCCUCACCAACAGCCAGCUAGAAGCCUCAGCCAUACUUCAAAAGCUGCUGACAUCAUCGCAGGAGGGCUGUGAGGAUCUCACCGACGCCAUACACAAUAUUUUAGAACAACUUUACAUGCCUUCCAAUACCCUGGAUAUGUUCCAAAACCGGUACAUCAGUCCAGUCGCCGCAUUUGUUUGUCUUCGCGCUGUCCAUCCAGAUGGUGGAUUUAUUACACCAGAGCUCAUAACCCCUACCACAGUCCGGACACAGUUUGACAUUCGGCUCUUCGUAAUGGACUUCUUAGACCGGCAGUUCAGCGUCUACCGGAAGACCGUCAAAAGUACAGUUGAGGCUGAUCAGGGUGACUUAGAUGUUCUGAAGCGUGGGCUGAGAAACCCUGGAAAGGACUGGGAUCAAUACUGUGAGGAUAUCAUUGAGGAAUGGACAGCAGAAAUGAAAAACACCCCUUGUGGAUUUGUGCGCGAGUGGAUCAAAUCAUUAAGCUGGAUCGUUCGCAAGACGCCUACCAAAGCCAUUGUUACGUGGCUAGAUAAGGACGAUAAACUUUCUGUCCGCCUUCUGACGCACACGGUCAAUAUCAAGCAGUAUCAUGCUGCAGUCCAGUCAACUCUUCAAGACUGCAUCGCCCACGUUCGCGCCAAAGUACUUUUCAAUAUCACACUCCCGCACUCCAGCUUAGAGGUGCCAUCACACGAUGAUCAAAAUGAAGACGCCAGGGGCUACGGCCUGUUUGCAUUCUCCCUUGACGCCAAUGACCUAGGGGAUUCUUCAGUCCUACUGGACUCUCUGUCCGAUCUUGGCACCCUGUGUCGAUGGGAUGACGCAACCAAUAGAAUCAGCUGGGACACCGCCGCGCUCAGCCGGUGGUUGGUUGACGUGUCUCUAGCUUGGGAGUACGUCUAUCUGCUGAUGCAUUUGUUGGCUCUUCCGGCACGCGGCACUGAGGAAGAAAUGUGGCAACAUGCCAAUGGGCGAGAAUCCAGAAGACACCUUUUUUUCUCCAGCAAGCUUGGGACUCUGGUCACAAAAAGCAACUACAAUAAAUCCUCCGCGCUCACAGGGAUCUACAAGACAAUAAUACGCGUCAUUCCCUACGAGGUUGCCAAGGUCAUUACUAUUCUACUUCGGAUCGUUCGUCCUGUCGAAAUAGCAGCGAUCCUACAGCUCCAAUGUAGUACACCAGCUCACAAGCAGGAGGUUACGGAACUGUACCAGACUCGUAUCUUUGUGACGCUGGGGCAAGCGUGGGACUCUGAGAGAAUGUCUCUGGUCCUUCGAACCUGGUUCAUGAGACAUUUGAAGGUACCAUUCAGCAUGCGGUUGCACCGCCAAUUCGCGCAAGCCUUGCAGCGCAAGUUUCUGUCAUACAAGGGCCAGAAUUUGUUGGCUGAAGCUGCGAACCUUGCUAUGGGACACACCCGGCAGACGGGAGAGAUGCAUUACGGCCGAGAGACGGAAGAUUUGGCAGUUCCUGUAUCGUUACAGGAACAUUUCGAGGUGGUGGGCAGGGACUGGAUUGAGUGGCAUGGCAUUUCAACCACACAAUGUACGACUGCAAAGAAGUAG